AUGCAUCGAAAAAGUCUCGAAAAGAAUGAUGGGCUUCCCGGAGUUCUUGAAGAGGUCGAAAGCACACUGAAAGUUGACCCAAACAUUCGUGAUUACUCUGGAGCCCACGAAAAGUCAGAUCGUCGCGAGAUUGCUCUCGUUCGAAAGCUUGAUUGGUGGAUCAUGCCAAUAUUAUGGUUGAUGUAUUGGCUUAACUACCUUGAUCGAAAUGCUAUCGCUCUCGCGAGACUCAACACUCUCGAAGAGGACCUCAACCUCACCCCGACACAAUAUCAAACCUGCGUGGCCAUUCUGUUCGCUGGAUAUGUCAUCGUGGGUAUUCCAGCCAAUAUGGUCGUUACUCGAGUGCGUCCAAGCUGGUGGAUGGGCUCCUGUAUGGCAGUCUGGGCUGUCAUCAGCGGCCUCACAGCUGUGAGCAAGGAUUAUACUGGGCUUCUGCUCACAAGAUUCUUUCUGGGCAUCACCGAAGCUCCGUAUUAUCCCGGCGCCCUAUACGUGUUAGCGACUUUCUACACUCGCAAGGAGCUAGCUACCAGGAUAUCGAUCCUGUAUACCGGCAACAUCCUGGCGACUGCGUUUGCUGGUCUCAUUGCACUUGGAAUCUUCCAGAUGCACGGAAUGGCUGGGAUCUCGGGGUGGCGAUGGCUUUUCAUCAUACAGGGAGUUGUAACCCUGAUCAUCGCCAUCAUCGCAUUCUUCAUCCUUCCCGACGAGCCCUUGACGACCCGAUGGCUAACUCCAGAGGAGAGAAUACUGGCGAACGAAAGGAUCUUACGAGACACCGUGGGCAAUACCGGACAGACCACCACCUGGAGUGGUCUCAUCGAGGCGGCGAAAGACCCAAGAGUCUGGCUGUUUACGGCUAUGCAGCACUUUCAUCUCGGCGCAAACGGGUUCAAGAACUUCUUUCCCACUGCAGUGGAAACGCUUGGGUUUAGCGAGACAGUCACACUUGUUCUCACAUGCCCGCCGUAUCUGAUUGCCGGCAUCAUUUCCAUCGCCUGGUCAUGGUCAUCUGGGAGAUUCAACGAGAGGACCUGGCACAUUACCAUCGCAAAGGCGAUUGCAGUCUUUGGCUUCGUUUUGGGGUGCGCCACGCUCAACACUGGUGCACGAUACUUUGCAAUGUGUGUUUUCUCCAUCGGUACCUACGCCGUCAAUAGUAUCAUCCUCGGCUGGGUGUCAGCAACGUGCUCUCAAACGAAAGAGAAGAAGGCUUCCUCUCUAGCCAUAGUCAACUGUAUUGCUGUUAGCUCUUUCAUUUGGACACCAUAUAUGUGGCCCAGGUCCGACGAGCCUCGAUACGUAAUGGCAAUGUCCACGAGCGCGGCUCUGAGUGUCGCGACAGCCGCCGGAGCAUGGGCCAUGCGGUUUUGGCUGAAGUACGAGAAUAAGAGGAUUCGGCAGUCGGAAGACGAAAAUGUGUUAUUUUACGCCUAUUGA